GGUGAUGAUAGCCAUGGACUGAGAUUUAGUGUGAGUAAACCACUUGGAUUCCCAUUGUUGAGUGUGGCAGGCCAUGGGUUUGGUGAUUUUGAGACAGUUGUGCUGAUAGCACAAGGCAUUGGAAUUACUCCUUGGAUAGCUGUACUACAAUACAUGCAACAGACCAAGGUACAGACCAAAGAACUCAAUCUCAUCUGGUCUGUACCAUCUUCAGAUGUCUUGCAUGCUUUUAUGCAAGAAUUGAGUUCAUGGGAAUAUUCAAGCGAUUUGGUAUUGAACUUUGAUGUUCAUAUCACAAGAGAGGUAGCUGAUGUUGAGCCAGGAUUGUUGUCGGAUGUAAUUAAGAUCCAUCACGGGCGUCCUGAUUAUGGGCUGGUGCUAGAGACAAUCCGGCAACGCAAUUCACGAACCCAUGUGGCGCUUGGGCUGUGCGCGGCUGAUGAAACGGUUCAAAAGUGUGGCAAUCAGGUCCGAGGUGCAACAUUUAGCAAUGAGCAGUCGUGGUGGUCAAUCUGUGCAGAACGCUUUGAAUUAUAAUACAAAGUAUAUACAUAUAAAGCCUACAUCUAUUCAAACUAU